CCUCACUAAUUCUUAUGACACAUUUCGGACGUAGUUGUUGCUGGCCGCUUGAAGCAAGUAGCGCAGUGAAAGUGGAGAUAUUUUCAUCACUUUAGAGGAGAAGCCCGUCGUGAUUAGAAGUGAAACUUAAACAAAUAGUGCAGUGCGACAUAAGAGACAAUCAGGAAGAUGGGAAAUGAAAAGCAGAGUGCUCUGAGCCUUAAGGUUGUUGGUAUCAAUCUGGCAUCAGGAGGAUCAGCAGGUUUCACUGAGAUAUGCAUCAUGCAUCCCCUAGAUGUGGUGAAGACGCGAUUCCAGAUUCAGACAAAAGGAGUCCCUGCUGAUCCAAAUUAUUACACCUCAGUUUAUGAUUGUAUGCGGAAGAUGGCAAGAAAUGAGGGGAUUUUGUCUCUUUAUAAAGGUGUCCUCCCACCUGUUCUUGUUGAAACACCAAAGCGUGCUGUCAAGUUUCUUACUUUUGAAAUCUACAAACAAUUAUUUGACAAGCCAACACCUGCGGCUUUUUUCUUAGCCGGAUUAGGUUCAGGCACAACAGAAGCCAUCCUGGUCAACCCUUUUGAGGUUGUUAAAGUUGCUCAGCAAGCAAACAGGGCUCAACACAAGACCUCUCCAGGCACUUGGGCAGUUGCACGUGAAAUUGUGAGGACACAAGGUCUUGGUUUCAGAGGCCUCAAUAAAGGAGUUACUGCAACCAUUGGAAGAAAUGGACUGUUUAACAUGGUUUACUUUGGCCUGUUUCACACUGUAAACACACGGAUUGAACAACCCAAGGAAAAGUGGCAACAAAAUGUGCAGAAGUUCUUCAUUGGCCUUGUAGCAGGAGUUUUAGGGUGCUUUGUCAACAUUCCCUUUGAUGUUGCUAAAAGCCGUAUCCAAGGUCCUCAGCCAGUCCCAGGUGAAAUAAAAUACCGCACUACAUUUGGGGCCAUUGCCACAGUGUACAGAGAGGAAGGAUUCCUUGCCCUGUACAAAGGCAUUGUCCCAAAAGUGUUGAGACUUGGCCCAGGAGCAGGCAUAAUGAUGAUUGUGUAUGAGAAUGUACAUGGCUACCUGACAAAGAGAUUCCCUGAUGAAUGAUACCCAUGAUUUUAAGCAUUCUUUUUAUGUACAAGCUACUGAACAAUGUUAAAUGUAUUUUACUGUAUCACAAUGCAGUUGCAAGAUGCUUUCCAUCAUUUCCAUCAUUUGUUGCACAAUUCUUUUUUAUGAGUAGAAUGUUGUAUUUCUGAGCUCUUUUCCAAAAUGUAUGGAUAUAUGUAUAUAUAUGAAUAUUAAUAAAUAUAUUGCUUUGAAUAGUAA